GUAUUGCGUUUGAGGCACAUGCACACCAUCACCAAUUAUUAUUUACUGAACCUGGCCGUUUCUGACUUAUCUUUCUUGAGCUUGGCAGCGGGGGAUAAGCUCGCCUUGUAUCUGGCGUCGCCCAUGGUUGACGAUCAACGAGUUUUGGGGGUAUGGGGGUGUACCCUCCUCUACUACACCACCAAUAUCUGUUUCUUCGCCUCCAUGUUUCUCAUCACAGCUGCAAUGGCCGAGAAGUUUUACGCGGUUUGCAAGCCUUUGCGGCACCGUGUGGUUAGUGGGAUAAAGAGGACUGUCAGAACUAUUGUUACGGUUUGGAUUGUUGCGUUACUUUUUGCUUUCUGUUUGAUUCCCUCGCACGCAGUUUACAAUGACUACCAAGUAAUUUGGCCUGAUGAAGAUGUUUACUCGAGUUUUCCGUUCGAUGUUGGGAAAUGUGAGCCUGUAGGUUCUAUUGCAGCAAAUUAUAUCGCGAAUGGGAUACAAACCAUUCCUUUCAUCGUGGUCAUGAUCGUCAAUGUGUACAUGGAUGUGCGCAUCGUUAAAGCACUUACAACGCGGAUGCGCGCACAUCCGGGAUCCAUCGCAGCCAAUGAGCGUCUUCAUGGAAUCAUCAACGCGCGAAACCAGCGCACCAGAAACCAAGUUGUUCGUAUGCUUGUCAUCAAUGGCGUCGUAUUCUUUUGUUUACUAUCUCCGUUUCAAAUAUUUUCUUUCUAUAGAAUGAUAGAAGGAUUAGUAACUGAUACCAAUGCCGUCGUCGCAACACGGACGCGUCAAUUAGUGUGGGCAUUUCGUACUCUAUCCUACAUCAACCCCGCGGUGAAUCCUUUUAUUUAUACCUUAUCAAACAAGCGCUACCGCCGAGCUUUCAUCUUAGCCAUUCCUUGCCUAAAACGACUUUUCCUCCGACAUAGCAAACCAGAUCAAAGCACCUUACCGAGAACAGUCCAACUCCAACUCUCCACAGAUGAAUCGAAAAACAAAAACCAAGAAUCGCCUUCUGAAAACUCCACACAAGAAACAGCCGAGCAGGAUAAUCAUCAUGACAUCGAACAAACACUCAGUUACAUAUCGGAUUCCAUUAUUGACCAUUCAGAAACUGAUGCAAUUUGUCAAUUGUAA